GAUGCGUGCGCAACCCCGUCCACGUUCGAAUCGCGACGCCGCGCGCGCCCCGGACCGGACACCCCCCACCUUAUAAGACCUCCGCGCCGCGCCUGCACCGGCGGCGCCUGCCAUCCACCCGCCUCCGGUUCCUCGGCCCCUUUGCCUGCCGCUGCCGCGCCACUUCCGCGACACACCAAAGCCGAGCCCUGGCGCGUCAGAAUUGGAGGAAGCCGCCGUCGGCGCUUGGUGCGCGCGAGCUGAUGAGGUUUGCGUGAGGUGGUUCUUCUCCCGUUUCGUGGUGCUGGCUCUUCGUGCGGCUCGUGCUUUCCUCGUCCCCAGUCGACAGAGAGGAGAAGCGCUUGCGGCGAAAGGCGAAAGGGGGAUCAGAAAAAGUUCAGCAGGUCGAUCGAAAAGUCGAUGUCAUUGCGGCAACUUGGUGAGAAUUUUUGCUACAUUUCAGUGUGAACUUGGUGGUUAAGACUUGGGAAGCGGCGUUGAGACCGAGUUAGCUUCUGCCUCCAUCAUUAGUUGGGUUAGUUGAUACUGACCGCUCUUGGGGAGAGAGAGAGAGAGAGAGACGGAGGCCAGCAUGGAGGGUUCCCAGUCGCACGGCGGCGGAGGAGGAGGAUCGAGCUCUCCGACGCCGUUCCUGAUCAAGACCUACGAGAUGGUGGAGGACCCGGCGACCAACCACGUCGUGUCGUGGGGCCCCAGCGGCGCCAGCUUCGUCGUGUGGAACCCGCCGGACUUCUCGCGGGACCUGCUGCCCAAGUACUUCAAGCACAACAACUUCUCCAGCUUCAUUAGGCAGCUCAACACCUACGGUUUCCGAAAAAUCGAUCCCGAGAGAUGGGAAUUUGCAAACGAGGACUUCAUAAGGGGCCACACGCACCUUCUGAAAAACAUCCAUCGGCGCAAACCAGUGCACAGCCACUCGUUGCAGAACCAAAUGAACGGGCCAUUAGCGGAGUCCGAAAGGCGCGAGCUUGAGGACGAGAUCAGCAUGCUCAAGUACGAGAAGAGCCUGCUCCUGGCGGAUCUCCAGAGGCAGAACCAGCAGCAGUGUGGGAUCAACUGGCAGAUGCAGUCGUUGGAGGAAAGCUUGAUGCAAAUGGAGCAACGGCAGAAGAAUAUCAUAGCCUCCUUGUGUGACAUCCUGCAGAGACACGGGGCUGUCUCAGGCUCUCUACCGAGGACAGAGGCUAACCAUUUCAGCAAGAAGAGGAGGGUUCCAAAGAUUGAUUUCUUCGUCGACGAUCCGGUGGUCGAAGAACAGCAGGUGCCGUACCUGCAGGCACUGGGUGCUGAAACACCAAGCAUGUCUCCGAUCCGCCUUGUGAAUGCUGAACCAUUCGAGAAGAUGGAGCUGGCCUUGGUCUCCCUGGAGAAACUCUUCCAGAGAGCAAGCGAUGCGUCUUGUGAAGACAUGUACACUGGUGCUGCUGCUGAACCCAACCCUGCUCUAACCCUUGGAGAGAUGCACUCGGGACAAAUGGACACCAACAUCAAUCCGCAGUCAUCAGCUGGCCUGAAUCCCUUUUCUACGAGCGCAGGGCAUGCCCAAUCGUCUUCUCCAUUGGCAGAAUCUCCGAGUUACAUGCAGAGCCCGAUGCUGCCAUUAGCAGAGCUCCAUGACCAUGAAGAUGCUCAUCGGAGAGCUGAAGUCAAUAUGAACUCCGAGACCACCUCCGCUGAUACUUCGCAAGAUGAGACCACCGCUGAAAGUGGAGCUUCCCAUGCACCGGAAAAGGUGAACGAUCUAUUCUGGGAGCGGUUUCUCACGGAAACUCCCCAAUCUUGCCACGCCGGCAAGGCCGAGUCAGGAGGACAAGACGCUGACAGUAGAAGAGAGGCAACAGAAACAAAUGAAGAUUUGAAGAUUGCCGUAGACUGCAACUAUCUUCAUCACCGGGAAAAGGUUGAUCAGAUCACUGAGCAGAUGGGGCAGCUUGCCUCAGCUGAGAAUGCCUGAUGGCACAUUAGUUCAUUUGUAGUGUAACUGCGCUCUGUACAUUGUAGUUUAUGCCACCUGGUAAUACACCUAGCUUAGCCUUUAUAUAGCAUUUCUUACUGUAAAUUAUGUGCUGACAUCUGUAUAUUGUGUCCUUAGUUCAUUUGUAAUGUAACUGCGCUCUGUACAUUGUAGUUUAUGCCACCUGGUAAUACACCUAGCUUAGCCUUUA